GUCAACAGCGCCAAUCUUCGGGCUCCCAACGGGGUAAAAUGAACACUGGUGCCGAGGAGCCGCAAUGGAGAAAAGUUCAUUCCGUCACAGGAGUGAUACCGCGGUCCAGACAUGGACACCGAGCAGCUGCAAUACGGGAGCUGAUUGUUGUGUUCGGUGGUGGAAACGAGGGGAUAGCGGAGGACCUCCAUGUUUACAACACUGUCUCAAAGCAGUGGUUUCUGCCUGCGGUGAGGGGUGACAUCCCAUCCGGCUGUGCUGCCCAUGGCUUUGUCUGUGAGGGCACUCGAAUACUGGUCUUUGGCGGGAUGGUGGAGUUUGGAAAAUACACCAACAGCCUUUAUGAACUUCAGGCUAGUCGCUGGCUGUGGAAGAAGCUGAAGCCCAGAGCGCCCAGGAAUGGCUUGCCUCCCUGCCCUCGGAUCGGACACAGCCUCACUCUUGUGGGUAACAAGUGUUACCUGUUUGGAGGGCUGGCCAAUGAUAGUGAAGACGCCAACGGCAAUGUACCAAGAUACAUGGAUGACUUCUAUGAGCUGGAGCUGCAGUCGUUAUCAGGGACAAGAGGCUGGAGCAUCCCAGAGACGAAGGGUGGUGGUCCCUCGCCACGGGAGUCCCACACCUCGGUUUCCUACACUGGCUUCGGCUCCCCGAAGCUCUACAUCUUUGGAGGUAUGCAAGGAUGCCGGUUAGACGACCUCUGGCAGCUUGACCUUGACACGAUGGUUUGGUCGAUGCCUGAAACCAGGGGUUCCACGCCAUUUCCCAGAAGCCUUCACUCUGCCAGUGUUAUUGGGAACAGGAUGUAUGUUUUUGGUGGCUGGAUUCCUGUACCAGAGUCAGACCAACACAAUGCUUCAGGAACUGAAUGGAUCUGCAGUGACGCCUUAAGUGCACUUAACUUAGAUACUAUGAGCUGGCAAGACCUGGGCCCACAGCAACAGGACGACAUUGAGUCCCAGCUGCAGAACCAGGGACUCCAGGGUGACUAUCCGUACGCCUGUAGUCCCAGAGCCAGGGCCGGCCACUGUGCUGCCAAUGUUGGGUCCAGGCUUUACAUUUGGAGCGGCCGCGACGGAUACCGCAAGAGCUGGAACUACCAGGUCUGCUGUAAGGACCUCUGGUACCUGGAGACGGAUCGACCAGCCCUCCCAGAGGCACCAUUACUCAUCAAAUCCACAGUCAGCAUGCUUCAUGUGGCAUGGCGCCCGCUGGCUGCAGCAGACUGCUACAUCCUUCAGAUCCAGCCUGCACCUCCACCAGCUAAACCAGUCGAUGCAACCGGAACAGACGGAGUAGAGGGGAAGGGUCAAGAAGCCUCUGCAGGCGUCCAGUCUCUUCAACCUCAAAGUGGAGGAACCACCAAUAAAGAAGGGGAAGCAUCAGCUCAGGAUGCUUUACCAAAGCAGGAAACGACUGCAGACUCUUCCAUUGGCUCAGCAGACACCAAAGCACAAGGAGAGAGGAAUGCAAGGAGGGAGACGGAGAAGGACUGUGACACAAAUCACCGCAGUGCUGGACAGGAGGCAACAGAGGUCAGCAGCUCAGCUCAGCACCAGCCAGAGAAACAACCCGCUUCGGUUGACAAGGCAACAGAUUUCCAUGCCCGUACGCAUCAGAAUCCAGAUGAAGCCGUGUGGUUCGACGUUGGUGUGUUCAAAACGCUCUUCUCUGAGGUCACCCACUACUUUUUACCCGCCGACAGCGACCAGGCGACUGCAGCCAUCAGCAGCCGGCCGCCCUCCCUCCAGAGGAAGCUUCCAGGGCCUCAGGACUACCAGAGCAGAGAGAAGCAGGAGCUGGCUUCAGGUCAAACGUACAGGUUCAGAGUUGCAGGCAUCAACUACUUUGGUCAGGGAGACAUCAGCACAGUCAGCGAGUUCAAGACAUGCCUACCUGGUUUCCCUGGAGCGCCCUCUGCUGUAAAAAUUACCAAGGCCAACGAUUCGGUCCACAUCACGUGGGACGCUCCGCCCUCUCCAUCGGGCCGGAUCCUGGAGUAUUCUAUGUACAUGGCGGUGAGGAAGAGCCGUUCCACCAGCUCGGAGCGUCCGGGUCAGUUGGCCUUCAUCAGGAUUUACCGCGGCACCAAGACGUCCUGCUCAGUCAGCUCCACCCACCUGGAUAACGCCCAGAUCGACAGCUCCGCCUCCAACCGGCCAGCUGUCGUCUUCCGCAUAGCUGCGAAGAAUGAGCAAGGCUACGGCCCAGCGACGCAGAUCCGCUGGAUACAAGAUCCCAUUAAAUUGCGAGCGCCUACCUCCAAAGCCGACAGCAAUGCUGGGGCGGACCAGGACGCUGCUGACAGCUCGAGCUGAAGACGUUUGGACCAACGGGCGACGCGUUUCAGAAAAGACAAUAUAUGCACUCAGGAAAUUGCCACUCAGAUGUUGUAUAUUUCCUAGAUAGUUUUGUUAAUUUAUUUUUUUAUGUAUUUAAUCUUUCCCUUGUAAAUAGAUUCUCAUAGGAAGCUUGACGACUUGGGUAUUGUAGUUAAACAAUUGUUUUGUUAAGUGAUGAUAAGUAAUAUGAUGUAGACCAAACUACAAGUAUGAUUUAAUAUUCAAAACUCUUACGGCAUCAGCCACUGAUGCUUUGUACAGUAUGUUGUGGUUUUGAAUGAAACACAGAUGUUUUCAGGACCAGAUGCUAUCAGAAAGAAAAUAUUUUUUUUUUUUAAGCGUGGACCACUUUCACAAUCCUAUUGUCACAGUGCGGUUAUGAAAUACCAGUUCUCUCAUUAAUGGAAUGUUAUUGUUGUUUUAUAAUCAGAUCAUUUACUAGGGUUCGGGUAUGGUUUAAGGUCUUUGUUUAUGCGUUUCGCCAUAUUUUAUUACAAACAUGUUCACUAUCAAUUUCAUUUCUGCAUCACAUCUGUUGGUUUAUUAUUGUUACAUUUCACAUUGUUUAGUAGUUACAAGUUUUAAUUGAAAAAUAAAUCUGUCCUAAAUCAAAAAUAAAUUGAUACUGAAUGCAACCAAAGA